AUGACACUGUGUAUCAAACGGACAGCUAUCCUUGGGCGGCGCACGGCCGGGCCGCGGUGCCGGGCCGGGGCGGCGCCGAGGAGCUCCCGGGGGCAGCCUCCCCGCUCCUCCCGCCCGGCCUCGGCUGGGCCCGUCCCGCCGCCCCGCUCCCAGCUUGACCCUGUGCCAGCGGCGGGGCGGAGCGGGCCGAGAGCUGCUCUGCUUAGAGAGGCGCCCGCAGCCCCGCGCCCCCCUCUCGACCGGGACCCGACCGUCCCCUUCCUCGCAGGGAGCAGCCGGCAGAGAACGACGGCCCCCCGGGCGCCCCUCCGCCCCGCCAGAUUUGACAGCGGAUUCUCCCCCGCUCCUCUCGCCUUUCCCCCUGCGAAGUUUGUGCCGGCCUCCCGCUGCACGGGCGUGAAAACGCCUGGGAGUCGCUCAGGGAGUUGGGGCGAGGAGAAAGAAGGGGGUGGAAAUAAAACAGCAGCUGUCGCCCGCACAUCGGCAGCUCCGCCGCGGGACGUGCCCGGCCGAGCCCGGCCCGGAGCGGGGACUGCCCCCGCCUCGCCCCGCACCCCGCGCCCUCGGCCCCCGCGCUCCGUGACAGCCAUUUUGGGGGUUAGACACCUCGGUCCCCCCUGCCCCCGCCUCCAAGUUAGGGAAGCGGGAAAGGGGCCGGGAGCCGGGCCGGAGCGCUGGGAGACGACAAGAAAGUGGCCCGGAGUAGAGCCGGGGGAACAAAGAACUUCUAGCCCAAGUGGGAGAAUGAGGAAAGAACAGGAUAAAAGAAAGCCAGUUUGAUGAUCAUUUUUGGAAAUCCCUAUUAAUUCACAAGACAUAGAAGAACGCCAGAAAGUUUGGCUUAAACUGUUAUGAAUUCAUGGCAAUUUUGGGAAGUUUUUGAGCACUGAAAUAAGGACUCAGAUACAGUGAGGCCUUUGCAACAUACUGAGUCUGUGAGGUUGUCUCCACCGGCUCACUGAGGUGGAGAAAGUCCGGAUAAGCUUUUGAAGGUGACUGACACUGGAUCAAGGUCUGGAGUGUGAGUUUGGCACAGUAUGUUGCCUGAAAAUUGUGGCCAUUUCUUCCUGCCAUAAUCUCGCAGGCUAACACAGGCAAAGAACAACCGCAAGCGCUGGGAUGUGAGCGAUCUGAGAUCUAGAGGAUAGGAAACAAGACGGAUGUCAACUCUGCUCAGACCAAGAAAAGCAGCAAAGAUUUGCUGUCUCACUCAGAGGAAAAGAGACCUUUGAAGGCCUCUCUUCAGAGUGCCCUGGCAUGAAUUAAGGUAAAUUCAACGUUUACCUCAAAACUUCUGCUCCUCAAGUAUAACAAGCGGUCAACAGCAUAACCUGAUGCUAAACCUUCUGACCAAUUCCUCAGACUUUCUGACCAGUUUCUCAUUUGCAGCUGAUCAGUCAGUGAUGGCCUAUUAUAUCUAAAGCAAAGUCAGGUACAGCUGAUGAGCACAGCACUGAUCUUCCUCUAAGUGGCAAGAACUCCUGCAUCCUUCACCACUUAGCAUCAUGCCAUACAUCUGUCACAUAAGGUAACUAAUAAGCUCUGGAGCCUACUGGGAAGUUUUGUAUCGUGAUGGUUCAGGCACUUUGAAUCUCCUUCCGGAAUAACUUUUCCUGAGUGUGCUAGACACUGGAAAGCAUGCACUUUUACAGAGCAAAAGCUUAAUUAUAUAAUA